UAGGUUGCUUCAGCGUAUAACAUCGUAUCUUACUGUUUCAUGGUGUAGAACUGGCGAGUGGCAGCACAAUGGUGUAUGGAUCAUAGCCUUUUUCAUUUUAUUUGUUUUUUGCAAGAAUUUUUUUACCAAUUAAAAGAAAAUUUAAAUAAAAACCUACCAGUUAGUGGAAUCUGCAAGGGUUUUUAAUUUUUUUUAAAAACAACCCGGUCAAAAUGUCAACGGGUAAAGAAAUCGGGGGAGCCCAACAUGCUCAAUAUGUGGGACCAUAUCGACUGGAAAAAACGCUUGGAAAGGGACAGACAGGAUUGGUGAAGCUUGGAGUCCACUGUGUAACAUGUCAAAAGGUCGCAAUAAAGAUUGUCAACAGGGAGAAGCUCAGUGAGUCGGUGCUAAUGAAGGUAGAACGGGAGAUAGCAAUCCUGAAGUUAAUAGAACAUCCACAUGUUUUAAAGCUACAUGACGUCUAUGAAAAUAAAAAAUAUUUGUACUUGGUGCUAGAACAUGUUUCUGGGGGAGAACUCUUUGAUUAUCUUGUGAAAAAAGGACGACUGACACCAAAGGAGGCUAGAAAGUUCUUCCGACAAAUAAUAUCUGCAUUAGAUUUCUGCCAUAGCCAUUCAAUAUGCCACAGGGACUUGAAACCAGAAAAUUUAUUGUUGGAUGAAAAAAAUAACAUCAGAAUAGCAGACUUUGGGAUGGCUUCACUGCAGGUCGGCGACAGCUUGUUAGAAACCAGCUGCGGCUCACCUCAUUACGCCUGUCCUGAAGUCAUCAGGGGAGAAAAGUAUGAUGGUCGGAAAGCAGAUGUCUGGAGCUGUGGUGUCAUCCUUUUUGCACUGUUGGUGGGAGCACUGCCAUUUGAUGAUGAUAAUCUGAGACAGUUAUUGGAAAAGGUAAAACGUGGAGUGUUUCAUAUGCCACACUUUAUACCGCCGGACUGCCAAAAUCUCUUAAAGGGAAUGAUCGAGGUGGAUGCUUCAAAACGUUUAACUCUAGACCAGAUCCAAAAACAUUCUUGGUAUAUCGGAGGUAAGAAUGAACCCGAACCAGAGCAGCCUGUUCCAAGAAAGGUACAGAUCCGUUCGCUUCCAUCACUGGAGGACAUAGAUCCAGACGUCCUGGACAGCAUGCACUCAUUAGGUUGUUUUAGAGAUAAGAACAAGCUCAUGCAAGAUUUGGUAUCAGAAGAAGAAAAUCAAGAAAAAAUGAUCUAUUUUCUUCUUCUUGAUCGGAAAGAGCGGUAUCCAAGCCAUGAAGAUGAAGAUUUGCCCCCUCAAAAUGAUAUAGAUCCACCUAGAAAAAGAGUAGACUCACCAAUGUUAAAUCGACAUGGUAAAAGGCGACCAGAAAGGAAAUCGAUGGAGGUACUGAGUGUUACUGAUGGCGGCUCCCCAGUUCCAGCUCGACGGGCAAUUGAAAUGGCACAGCACGGCCAGAGAUCCAGGUCAAUAAGUGGAGCAUCUUCCGGCCUCUCCACUAGCCCUCUAAGCAGUCCAAGGAGUUCUGAGCUUACGCCCUUUCCCAAAACACAUGCUUCCAUUGUUCCUCAUUGUAAUAGAAAUACAACAAAGCCCAGUAAUGUGCUUCAACCAAAGACAGUGUUUCAACCCAAUCCAAAGACACAGACUCUUCCUGCUAAAAGUAAGCUCACAGAUAAACCUUUGCAAACCACCAAAUCUAACCCUCUUCCUGUUGUAACAUCAGAAGCACCGUCUCCACAGAAAACUCCUGUUCAAAAUGUUCAGAGUCAGCAACCUGCAGUCACAUCACCGACCCAGUUGUUUGUUCCUUCAGUCCAAAUUACCCCACUUUCUCUUGUCAGAUUGAUCCCUGGUACUGAUCCAAGCACCAAAUCUAUCCCCAUAAUACAGGUGACCCCUCACCCUUCCCCACGGGGAAGUCCCCUCCCCACCCCAAAGGGAACACCAGUCCAUACUCCCAAGGAGAGUCCGGCGAGUACUCCGAAUCCAACACCGCCAUCCAGCCCCAGUAUUGGAGGAAUGCCUUGGAGGACGCGGCUGAAUUCGAUCAAAAACAGUUUCCUUGGAUCACCUCGGUUUCAUCGCAGGAAAUUACAGGUACCUACACCAGAGGAGAUGUCAAGCCUAACUCCAGAGUCUUCCCCAGAACUUGCCAAAAAGUCAUGGUUUGGUAACUUCAUCAACUUGGACAAAGAGGAGCAGAUAUUUGUAGUCAUCAAGGACAAGCCAUUGAGUUCCAUUAAAGCAGACAUUGUCCAUGCUUUCCUUUCAAUCCCUAGCCUAAGUCACAGUGUCAUGUCUCAGACAAGUUUCCGAGCAGAGUACAAGUCCACUGGGGGCCCAGCUGUGUUCCAGAAGCCAGUUAAAUUCCAGGUGGACAUCACUUACACAGAAGGCAAUGAGGCACGGAAGGAGAAUGGAAUUUAUUCAGUCACCUUCACACUGCUGUCAGGUCCAAGUCGUCGGUUCAAAAGAGUGGUGGAAACAAUUCAGGUCCAGUUGUUAAGCACACAUGACCAGCCUUCCGUGCAACAGUUGUCUGCAACUUCUCACUGUAUGCAGCUGCUGACUGGCAGACUUUCAAAAUGUGGAAUUGUCCAGAAAACUUGUUAAAUCCCAUCUGGUGAACCCUAUGGCUGCGGACAUUUGUCGAAGGAAAGGCAGCUGAUAUCUUGGUGCAUGUGGGAACCUGGCGCCCUUUUGACGCUUAACACUUGACCAAUCUGGAGCUGCUGCGUCCCAGGAAAAGAAACGGAAAUCCUGGGAAAGACUGACACCCUUCAGCAGCAGGUUGUCCACCAGAGGGGAUGUGGGGGUUGAAUUGAUCAGCACCGCACAGCAACAUGAGCUUCAGCAGCUACAGUGGACUCUUUCUUUGUUGAAGCAGGACC